AUGGCGGACGAAUUGGACGACGGAUUGUUAAUUGAUGAGCACCUGGUCGCGUACUCUGACGAUGAAAACGAACAUACCAAGCCGAAAGCGACCACCAGCACAUCGCAUACCGACAAAGCGGCUGAAAAGAAACGCAAACGCCGUGAACAAGCAAAAGCACAGCGUCGCAAGAAAUCAGCCGCGUUUCAAGAACAGGUCGAGGCAGCACGGACGGUGGCUAUGCAGCCAGCUGACUUGCAAGCGGAUUAUCUGAGCGCCUUGCAGCGCAAAGCGUUCCCCAAGCUAAGUGAAUUGGAGCUGUCAGAAAUGCGCUUGGCAGCCGCGGCCUUUUUGGAGACGUACCAGUUUACCCGCGAACGCACACUGGACAAUCUAUCGACAUUUGUGCGCGAGUGUGUCUGUACUGAUGCUUCGGCGUUUCAGAGCGCCUCGCAUCCAUGGAUGCAAGCGCAUGGCACGCCCCGGAUCCUGGUCAUCACGGGAAAUGCCCAACGAGCAGCGGACGUAGCACGCGCGUUGCGACCCUUGCUGCCAAGUGAAGAACGCCCCACCAAGCGCCGCAAAGGCGACAAGCCCACUCCCAAAGACACGCCGGCAUCGUCCGGUCCUAACGUCGCCAAGUUGUUUGCACGUCAUUUUAAAGUGGAAGAGCAGGCUGCAUGGCUCGAAACACAGGUCACACCGGCAGCUGUCGGCACGCCGCAUCGUAUACAGGCUUUGUUGGACAAGGACGCCCUGCACAUUGAGCACUUGGCUGCCAUCAUCAUCGACUUUUCCUGGACAGAUGCCAAGAAUCGAACGGUCCUUGAUACGCCCGAGACACGCGAUGCGACUUUAUCGCUGCUGAGCAAUACCUCGCUGCGGGCGGCGCUGACGCGGCCCUCGGCGCCCUGCCAGUUGGCGCUGUACUAA